AUGGCCGAAGUCAGAGAUGAAGGCAGCGCGGUGUCGGAGCCCCUCGACCUCGUGCGCCUGUUGCUCGAUGAAGUGGUUUGUGUGAAGCUCAGAGGGGACCGAGAACUCAAGGGCCGCCUUCAUAAUCAUCGCUGCCGUUACUCACACAACCCGGUGCAGACUGUGAGCAAGAAAUCCGAGAUGCUCUUCGAGACAGCGUUGUUCUCAUCUCUCCUCAAGCACGAUCAUUCUGAUCCCUUUGAGAUGUCCCCUAUCAUGCGCGCAGCCACUCGCAGUUUUAGCGAAGGCGCAUUCAAGACCAAGUCCGCACUCUUUGGCGGCAUCGGCGGUGGGCAUGACAUGGCAGAACAAUAG